CGCCGCCUGACAAACGCUCAUCAGUUACUUCAUUAACGGAUACUGGUGAGGGACGGUGACCGCGGAGCAUCUGCCUUCACACACGGUCCUGUUUUUUUCAUCUGGAUGAUCUGAGAGGAGCCGGCUGUUGCCAUGACAACAGACGAGGCAGAGAGUCACCAGAAGAAGCCAAGGCAGCAGGAGGAAGCCGGCCAGGACGCCAGGCCGCCCUCUCCAGAGGAGGAGCAGCUCCGGCCUCGCAACCGCAACUCUGCCAGCCGCGGCCUCUCCCGCCUCUUCUCCUCGUUCCUGAAGAGGCGCUCACAGUGUGAGAACGAGGGGGGAGAGAAGGAGGACAAGCAAGAAGAAGAAGAAGCUAAAGCCCCCAUCGCUGACCCUGAACCUGAACUGAGGACAGAGGGAGAGGUCGCCCUGGAUCAGCACUCAGUAAACAGUGCUGAGGCUCAGGCUGUCCAGGUAGAGAAGAAAGAAGCUGAGGCAGAGGAGGAGGAGGAGGAGGGUGGAAAGGACAAGGAAAACGAUAAGGAGAAAGGAGAGGAGGCUGCCCUGGAGAACGAGGAGGACAAGGACAAGGAGGAGGAGAAGGAGUCUUGUCCUGAAGGAGGCAGUAAGGGAGAGAACGAGGAGAAGACAACAGAGGAGGAGGCCAAAGCUCCCAGAGCUCCUCGCCGACCCAAGACCAUGCAGAUCAAAAUCACUCUGCUCGAUGACACUCUGUAUGAGUGUGAGCUGGAUAAACAUGCCACAGGCCAUGAGCUGUUCAUGAGGGUGUGUGACCAUCUCAACCUGCUGGAGAAAGACUACUAUGGCCUUGUCAUCUGGGAGACAUCUACCAUGAAGACCUGGAUGGACAUGACCAAGGAGAUCCGCAGGCAGGUACAAGGUGCCAACUACAAUUUCACCUUCAAUGUGAAAUUCUAUCCACCGGACCCAGCCCAACUUUCCGAAGACAUAACAAGGUACUACCUGUGUCUCCAGCUGCGGAAGGACAUCCUGCAGGGUCGCCUUCCAUGCUCCUUUGUGACGCUGGCCCUUCUGGGCUCCUACGCUCUGCAGUCGGAGCUGGGCGAGUAUGACCCUGAGGUGCAUGGCAGUGAAUAUGGGAAGGAAAUGAAAAUGGCUCAGGGUCAGACCAAGGAGCUUGAGGACAAAAUGAUGGAGCUGCACCACACAUACAGGUCAAUGAGUCCGGCCCAGGCAGACCUGAUGUUCCUGGAGAAUGCCAAGAAACUGUCUAUGUACGGAGUGGACCUCCACCAGGCCAAGGAUCUGGAUGGUGUUGACAUCAUGUUAGGGGUUUGCUCCAGUGGUCUGAUGGUUUACAAAGACAAACUGAGGAUCAACCGUUUCCCUUGGCCCAAAGUCCUCAAGGUCUCAUACAAACGCAGCAGUUUCUUCAUCAAAAUAAGACCAUCAGAGGUGGAACAGUAUGAGAGUGCAAUUGGCUUCAAACUGCCCAAUUACAAGGCUGCCAAGAAACUGUGGAAAGUGUGUGUGGAGCAUCACACCUUCUUCAGGCUGACCUCCACUGAGAUGGUCACCACCCCUAGGAAGUUCCUGGCACUGGGCUCCAAGUUUCGCUACAGUGGUCGGACUCAAGCUCAGACCAGACAGGCAAGCUCUCUGAUUGACAGACCAGCUCCUCUGUUCCAGCGCUCGUCCAGCAAGAGGAACUCGCGCAGCCUGGAUGGAGCCAUGGCGUCCACUCCCGACAACAAGUCCACUCGCCCGGUCAGCGCCCCCGUUAUGUCACCGGUGUCCCCGGGGGAGGCGUCCCCGUCUCCACUGCUGCCCACCCUGCAUCGCUCUGACCACCACGAUGGCUGCACCCCUAAAAGUCACCGCUCUGCAGACAGGAAGGCAGAGGUGAAGAGGGAAAGUCAGUCAGCUGAGUAUACCAGGAGCCACAGCCCCAGACCAGAGUCCACUCCGGAGAUCAAGACAGUGGCCAGGAGAGAGCGGAGGCGCUCCCCCUCUGUGACCACCGCCAAUGGAGAAAGAGAGAAAAAGAGCCAGCACUCUCCUCUGGACAAAACAAAGGCGGAGGUGGUGCGAGUGAGGAAGAAAAGAGCAAAGAGACUUGAGGGUGAAACUAUUUAUAUCAGACAUAGCAAUUUAAUGUUGGAGGACGUGGAUAAGACCCAGACUGAAAUCAUGCGUCAUCACACUAGCAUCAGUGAGCUGAAGAGAAGUUUCAUGGAGUCAGUGCCGGAGCCUCGUCCCAGUGAGUGGGAUAAGCGUCUUUCCACCAAUUCACCUUUCCGCACGGCGAGCUUCAAUGGCCAGCUCCAACCAGCGGGGAGGAUGUCUGCAGUUGUACCUGCACACAGAAUAGUUGAUGGCGUGUCUGAGCGAGGGAGGCAGUCUCUGUUUGGACAAAAGGUAAGAGCAUAUAGUUUAUCCCCAGUGCCAGGGGGACCACCGCUGUACAGACAAGCCUGCCUGCUGGAAGAAGAUGAGGCGGACAGUGAGGUUGCUUGGGUUGAUGAUGAUGAUGAGGAGGAGGAGGAGGAGGAAGAGGAGGAAGAACAAGGCCAUGGUCACACUCUAAAGGUGGCAAUCACUGUGCCAGACGAGGGGAGGAGCUUGGUUAACCCAUGUGAGCUAAACCCAGCCAGGCUCAGGCAGUCACGGAUGUCUUUCUUCGUGACAGGACUGCUGGUGAUGGCGCUGACCAUCCUUUGGCUGGCUUUUGUUUAAAAGACAGAUUAAUAUGAAUAUCCUCAACUUUUAAUCUGGCAAGAUGGCGCCAGCGAUCUAGAGACUGCAUCAUUCAAGUGCUGUUUUGUCCCUCUACCUUGAACUUGUUAUUUUUACCUUUUCUACACUUACAAUUAUGUAUUUUUUCUUCCAUGAACUUCAUUUGAGCUAAAACUGGAAAGACUCCAAAAGAAGUUUCACGCUUUAAAGAGAGCCCAUGUCAAUUUCACAGUGGCCUCUAUGGUCACAGGCACCAGUCAUCCCUUGAUAUGCUCCUCCCCUGCUUAUUAACUGUUGCUAUGCUAUACCUUUCAACUUCUUCACAACAAUAAUGGUGGAAGAUUUGAUUGUGAACAAUCUAUGAACUGGCAGAUUUGAGUAGCCCAUACAGGCUAACUCAUUGAUAUACCUAAAGUGCUUGAAAAGGACUC